AUGGGUGUGAGUCUAUGGAGCAGCUUGCUGUUAGUUCAGACUCUUUGUUUGACAUCAGUUGAUGCCUACCCCAAUGGAGAAGUGACUGAAUCCUGUGGGAAUAUGAUGCCAAAACACAGUCAUGCCCCCAAUACCACCCAAUGUCCCUACACUCUGGCUGUCAAUGUCACUCAUUUCAGUUCAGGAGAUUACAUCCAAGGUAAUGAUAACAGUUUGGUAAUACAAUAGACUAAUAUAUUCAGCAAUUAUUCUAAGACAAUGGAAAUAGAAAGCUUCUUAAUUAUUAAAUCCAAUGUAUUUUGGGGUGUAACCUUCAUCUGGGUAUUUCCAGACAGAAGUUAAAGGAGGUUUGUCAAUACAUUUCACAUCCUCUGUUUUUCUAUAGCUCCUGUGUACAAUAAGCGGAACAGAAACAUGCUAGGAUCAAAAGAGAGGAUGUGAAAUAUCCAGAGGACUAGACAUGCACCCAUUUUUAUCAGCCUUUUAUUUAAUUGUCAUUGAAAUAUUUGUUCUGGGUCCAACACAUGCACACUCAUACACUGUCAUGUAAUGUCCCUAGUUACCAUAUCUGGAACGACAUACUUUGAGGGCUUCCUGCUUGAGGCUCGGAAUGCAUCCAAUCCAGACUCUGAUGCUGUCGGCUCCUUCACCCUAACCAAUCCUAAAACCACACAACUGUUGAAAUGUGGCCACACUCCGGUAGGCCUACUUACCUUUACGCAAAGAGGUCAAUGGAUUUAUUUUCAUUUGGCUUAGAAUGAAUCAAUUACAAUGACCUUAGGUUACGCAUGGCCUCAAUACUCUAAAUUUCUUGCAAUUUCUUGUAGUUAUUUUUCUGUUUUUGUUGCUAUUUAGGGUUCAGCUGUCAGUCACACAAGUGAUGCCAGACAGACAAAAAUCGUGGUAAUCUGGAACGCUCCCCAAAACUCUCCAGAUGCUGUCGAAUUUCUGUGAGUGUUUAGAGUCCAUCUGAUUCCCACUGCAUUCCCUGUCUCACACAUGCAUUUUCAUUACAUGCUAUGGUCUCUUACGCUCUACAGCUAUAAUUAUAUCCUGAGUGUACAGUUAACAAUGCAUUUGUGUGUUUCUGAAUUAAGUGUGACGGUAGUGGCUCAUUACAAUACUUUCUGGGUGAAAAUCCCCGGUCCGGUUGUGUCUCAGAGUGGGGUGCCUCCCAUCCCACCUAAACCCACCACACCUUCCACUACCAUAAAGACGUCAACUCCCUCUGUGUUGCCCAGACCAGUAAGUCAUAUUUAGUAAUAUAAUGGAAUAUAAACAUACUGUACAUUACUGUAUGUUUUGGUACAGAAACCCCCCUUUCAUGCUCUCUCUGUCUGUCUGUGUCUCUCUCUGUUUGUCUUUCUGUCUGUUUCUCUCUCUGUUCUCUCUCACUGUCGCUCUCUCUCUCUUCCUCUCUUUCUUGAUGCCUCCUCCUGUCUCAGUUCAGCUCAGUGGGUUGUGGCCAACAGAAGUCCUGCCUGUUGGACCCAGCGGGAUGUGACCCUGAAAAAGAUUCAACGUGCUUCUUCCUGUCGUUCGCCCCCAAGGGACAGUGUGUGGAGUUUGAGCUCAGUGGGCCCUCAGACGGCUACAUUGCCUUCGCCCUCUCCCAUGACACAUGGAUGGUAAGUUAGCAUUUUAGCAUCAUUGAUAACUUGCUAGGUAAGUUACUGUAGCAUUAUGCUGUAAUGGUAUGCUUUUCAUUCCCUCCUUUUUCUGUUAAUAGGGGGAUGAUGACGUGUACCUAUGUGUGAGGGAUGACAGCUCGGUGGAUGUGAGCGCAGCUUAUGUCAAAGGAAGGUCCCACCCAGAGGAGGCCUCUGAGGUGAAACCCCACAGUAUAUGACUUGAAUUAUACGUCUCUCUUUUAUAGGCCUACCUGAUAGGGUUUAAUAUUUUCCCGAUAUUUUACAAAUGUUCCAUCCCGAGAAUAAAUCACUUUUUUCCCGGGUACCCGGUAUUUCCCACCAAAACCGGAAGUGUCAUUCAAAAGCAUUAUAAAGCAUAUAAAUAGGCCUAUGUCUGGAUUUGAUUCGAGCUUUGAUCGAACAUUCAAGCCUGAUGCUACCUGAGCCUGAUGAGCCAUACAUUAAAUACAUUUAUAAGCCCUACAUUAAAAACAUUUAAUGAGACCAAGCCCAAAAAGGCCAAAUGAUUGUGACGUUAUCCAAUAUAUAUAUGAAAUAUAAUAUGGCCUAUUUGUAUAAUUAUUAGGCUGACGCAUAUAUACCUUUUAUAAUAUUUCCCCUAAUGUUAUUACCUACCUCCUCUCUCUCUAUUGUUGCUUCAUUCCUUACUCACUUUCAAUAGUUAAAUGAUAUACAGUUGAAGUCGGAAGUUUACAUACACCUUCGCCAAAUACAUUUAAACUCAGUUUUUCACAAUUCCUGACAUUUAAUCCUAGUAACAAUUCCCUGUCUUAGGUCAGUUAGGAUCACCAAUGUGCAAUGUCAGAAUAAUAGUAGAGAUAAUUAUUUAUUUCAGCUUUUAUUUCUUUCAUCACAUUCCCAGUGGGUCAGAAGUUUACAUACACUCAAUUAGUAUUUGGUAGCAUUGCCUUUAAAUUGUUUAACUUGGGUCAAACGUUGCGGGUAGCCUUCCACAAGCUUCCCACAAUAAGUUGGGUGAAUUUUGGCCCAUUCCUCCUGACAGAGCUGGUGUAACUGAAUCAGGUUUGUAGGCUUCCUUGCUCACACACACUUUUUCAGUUCUCCCCACACAUUUUCUAUAGGAUUGAGGUCAGGGCUUUGUGAAGGCCACUCCAAUACCUUGACUUUGUUGUCCUUAAGCCAUUUUGCCACAACUUUGGAAGUAUGCUUGGGGUCAUAGUCCAUUUGGAAGACCCAUUUGCGACCAAGCUUUAACUUCCUGACUGAUGUCUUGAGAUGUUGCUUCAAUAUAUCCACAUAAUUGUCCUUCCUCAUGAUGCCAUCUAUUUUGUGAAGUGCACCAGUCCCUCCUGCAGCAAAGCACACCCACAGCAUGAUGCUGCCACCCCUGUGUUUCACGGUUGGGAUGGUGUUCUUCAGCUUGCAAGUACCCCCUUUUUCCUCCACACAUAACAAUGGUCAUUAUGGCCAAACAGAUCUAUUUUUGUUUCAUCAGACCAGAGGACAUUUCUCCAAAAAGUACGAUCUGGUCCCCAUGUAAAUUGCAAACCGUAGUCUGGCUUUUUUAUGGCGGUUUUUGGAGCAGUGGCUUCUUCCUUGCUGAGCGGCCUUUCAGGUUAUGUUGAUAUAGGACUCAUUUAUUGUGGAUAUAUAUACUUUAGUACCUGUUUCCUCCAGCAUCUUCACAAGGUCCUUUGCUGUUGUUCUGGGAUUGAUUUGCACUUUUCGCACCAAAGUACGUUCAUCUCUAGGAGACAGAACGCGUCUCCUUCCUGAGCGGUAUGACGGCUGCGUGGUCCCAUUGUGUUUAUACUUGCGUACUAUUGUUUGUACAGAUGAACGUGGUACCUUCAGGCAUUUGGAAAUUGCUCCCAAGGAUGAACCAGACUUGUGAAGGUCUACAAUUUUUUUCUGAGGUUUUGGCUGAUUUCUUUUGAUUUUCCCAUGAUGUCAAGCAAAGAGGCACUGAGUUUGAAGGUAGGCCUUGAAAUACAUCCACUGGUACACCUCCAAUUGACUCAAAUUCAUUUUCUUGAAUUUUCCAAGCUGUUUAAUGCACAGUUAACUUAGUGUAUGUAAACUUCUGACCCACUGGAAUUGUGAUACAGUGAAUUAUAAGUGAAAUAAUCUGUCUGUAAACAAUUGUUGGAAAAAUUACUUGUGUCAUGCACAAAGUAGAUGUCCUAACUGACUUGCCAAAACUAUAGUUUGUUAACAAGAAAUUUGUGGAGUGGUUGAAAAACAAGUUUUAAUGACUCCAACCUAAGUGUAUGUACACUUCUGACUUCAACUGUACGUUUCGUUGUCCUUAUCUUCAUCAUUCUAAAGACAUCCUUGAAUAAUAUAGGACUAGAAUCAGAUGCAGAAGCCGUUCACUUCUCUUCACAAAGAUUUAAAGGUCAUGGGUCUGAAUAAAUAACUGCUAAAGCCUACCACCAUCCUGCGUUCGUUCUUCUUUCAAACCACCAUCGUGAGUUCUAUUGGCUGCUGUAUUUAACAUUCAGCAAACAAGAGCUUGAGUCCCUCUUCGAAUAGUCUAUCGGUAUAAGACAUGCAACAACAACAAAAAUGGCCAGCAAGCUAUUCCAGUCUAGCUUUUCCUGCAUGGGACUCCAAGAGUUAAGGAGCGUUUUUUAAGGAAAGAGGCCAGCUGAGCACAGGUGCGUGCAUUUUGCGCAAGCGACAGAGGCUAUAAGUUAGAAGCUUAUUAUGCAUAACCCAUCAUUAAUUAGUUAAACAUAAGGCUAAUACUGCAUUGAAUGUAUUACCUGAAAGAGGUAGGCUAGGACAUCUAUAUAUAUAUAUAUAUAUAUAUAUAUAUAUAUAUAUAUAUAUAUAUAUAUAUAUAUAUACAUGUAUAGGGCUAUAUAUCAAUCUAGAACAGGAUUAUCUAUUUUGGAUGCAAUUUGAAUGGAGUUGAUGGAGAGAGAGACAGACUGUGAGAGAGUGCUUGUGCGUGCACUGAUUUAAAGCAACAAUAUUUGAGUGACAGGCUGUUUUAUAACUCUGCAGCUGCAAUAUCUAUCUUUACAAUAAAAAAAUAAAGUAAACCCCAAAAGCCAGAUGGAGAUCUGUAAAUCAGACGCUCAUUCGGUCUUUAUAUUACGCGGCAGCAAAUGUAGGCCUACCUGUCACAAGAACAAAGGUUACCAUGAUGAGAUGAUAGGUCUACAUGCAUUGUGAACUGCGCUCCAUAUUGAGAUGUGCUGUCUGUCCCCACCCUGAGAGUUGAUGAUUCAUCAUGCAGAGGCCGUAGAGAAGCCAGAUUUAGACAUCGCAUAUAAUUUAACAGUUCCAUUUCACACCAUGCUGUUCAUAUAAAUAAUAUAUUAUAAUUUACCGGUUUCUCACAGUUAUUUAUCCUGGGAAAAAGGAGUGGUUUUGGGCGAUAAAUCCCUGUAAAUCUCGGUAACCGGGUUCCCGUCAUUCAACCCUGCUACAUGUCCUCUAGUUCAGCCUGCUAUAUGUGUAGCACUGUAACUGUUGUAUGGCUGACUUGGCCACAAGCUAGAAUUCCUUGAAUGCCUGAAAAUGAAACCUUCCUCAAUCAGCAUCAACUCAUCAAUAUGAGUUAUGAUAAUCAAACAUGACAUUACUAUAACUUAUUAGAUCAGGCGUAUUAUAAUCAUUUACUUAAACUGAGUAUCUUAUAUAGAAGAUAUGUAUAGACACGCCAUUGUUUCCUUUUCCUAUAGAAUGUUCUUACAGAUGUGGCCUGGAGAUUGGCGGAUGGAGUAAUUCAGUGUCGGUUUCGUCGACGCGUUCUUGUCCCACAGGACGCGACCCGGUUUAGUCUGGACGCACAGUACUACCUGUUCAUGGCAUACGGUGAAGCUGAAUACGGUGAGUUGCAAUAUGAUAUACGAUCACGGUAAGGUUUUGUACCUGUCCAAUAAGAUAAUGUCCAAUAUGAUAAAUAAGAGUAACCCAAAAAAAGAAAAAAGGGCAGAAUGCUAAAAUCAUAUAGAUUAGAUUUGAGCAUACAGGUAUAGAUUGGACCUGUGAUAUAGUUUUUAAUGUAGUAGUGUUGUGUGUAACUGCCUGUGUAACUCCUGAGUGGCGCAGUGGUCUAAGGCACUGCAUCGCAGUGCUAACUGUCCCACUAGAGAUCCUGGUUCGAAUCCAGGCGCACAAUUGGCCCAGCGUCGUCCAGGGUAGGGGAAGGAAAUGGCCGGCAGGGAUGUAGCUCAGUUGAUAGAGCAUGGCGUUUGCAACGCCAGGGUUGUGGGUUCGUUUCCCAGGGGGGGGGGGCAGUAUAAAAAAUAUAUAUAUGUAUUCACUAACUGUAAGUCGCUCUAGAUAAGAGUGUCUGCUAAAUGACUAAAAUGUUGAUUUGAAAUUGAAACCCUCUUAAGCCAUGUUUCCACUGGCACUUAAAAUUAGGGUCAAAUUUGAGCUGGCUCAAAUGGAAUUCUCAAAUUCGAGCUGUGUAGGGGGAAACCAAAUAAUUUUAGACUUUUACUCAAGUAGUAUUUUACAGGGUUACUUUCACUUUUACUUGAGUAACUUUCUAUUAAGGUAUCUAUACUUAAUCAAGUAUGACAAUUACUACUUUUUCCACCACUGGACACAACGUUUAGCUAGCUCGUCUGGGCUUUUUUUGUUGCUGUUAGCUAGCACGUCUGGGCUUGUUGCUGUUAGCUAGCACAUGGACAAGCAGUACUGCAGUAGUCAGAUAUGACAUGAAUUACCACCAUAGCUGGAUUCUUCAUUCAUUUUUGCGCUACACAAUAAACUUUUAUGAGAAUAGUAAGCCCUCGAAUGCUAGCUACCUAACGUUAGCCAGGAAAUCAGAGUUGAAACUAGUUAGCCAGCUAAUGUUAGCUAGCAGGAAUGUUAGCUGACCAGGUCGUAUUGAAAGCUAGCUAGCUACGUCAUAUCAAACCUGUCUUCUGGUUUGCUUGGUUAGCUAGUUAGCUAAUAGCCAAUGCCAUGGCAAGCAAGGUAUGAAUUAAGCUAGACAGCUAGCUAGCCUGUUAUGCUAGCGAUGAUGCUAACUGUUUAGCUAGCUAGCUAACGUUAGCAAGCAAAACAUAUUUGCUAAAUACAUGGUUCUGAGUCUGGCUGGCAGUGGCAGUAGUAUGGGGUAAAGUUAGUUACAGCAUGGCGGGUGAAUAAAAUUCUUCAACAUCUUGCUACUGUAGCUAGCUAGCAACAUUAGCGAAGCCAGCUGCACAGUCACGGCUACCUAGCAACAUGACAUCUUUUCUAAUUUCUGGAGGCAGUAGAAGCCCGGGUUGACUUCAAAGUGCCAAUGGCAACGGGCCUUUAUAGUUCUGCAUGUAUAGAUGCCCAAUGACAUAUCAUGUAUUUCACACAAAGGUUAUUAUAGUAAACUAAAACUAAAACUAAAACGAAUAAAAAAACUAUUUAGGAAACUGAAAUAAAAUAAUUAAGAAACACAUUAGAAAAAAUGAAACUAUACUGAAACUACUAUCUUUGACUCCAAAAUUAAGUAAAAUUAAAUAAAAACAUAAGAAAUUAUGUUCCGUUUUUUCUCUUUUAAACUUUGGCCAAAAAUCUGUUUCAAAUAGUUUGUGCAUCACCAUCAUUAGCUAUCUCUUUAGACAAAAGGCUUGCCUCCAACAAUUUAACAAUGUUCCAGCAUACGACAUGUCUUUACAAGUACUGCGUCAUUUGGGACCUUCAUAUAUACAGUCAUUGGUUGGGACAGAGAGGAGUCAGAACAGGGAAGACCAUCACUGCCUUAUCUGGUGACGUCACUGUCUCAUCCACUUGUUGCCCUAGCGUUAACCUAAUGUAGUAUCGAGUUAAUGUGGCUAAUUAUGCUCUGAAACAAAGGAGUCUGCUUAUACUGAGCUUUGAUCAUAAGUUUUAUUCAUAUCACAAGAUUUCAGCAUAAGUUUACAGAUGUCAAGAUCAUCCGGAGAGCAGUGUCCGAAAAGAAUAUGUCUGCUCUAAUGUUCUUUGUCUCUAGCCCAUACUUAUAAUCUUUACAAGAAUAUGGGUGGCUCCCUCUACUGUCCAAUCACCUGUCUCCAACAAACAGACUCCCUCUGUUCUAUGAGGUGUCACUCUAAAACGGCUCCCUCUGAAACGGAAUAAACAUCCUCUCAGGUUCCACUUAAAAACAUUAGCAAAGUCAUAAUUCUCCAUAUACUACACUAACGUAGCAGGAGUAAAAAGACGCCUGAGCGGAGUCCCCAUAUCUGUUUUUCAGGGGAAAUUAAAGUUAGGUUGAAAAUACUGUAUCCCUGAAAACCGAAAGCAUUCGCUUUCUGCAGACUUCGCGGAGAGUGCCCGAGCUUAAACAUCCCAGCUGGACACAAAGUACUAGCUAGCGAGAUGGGGAAUGCAGAGGUUAUUUUCAAUAAGUGCAUUUCACUAGUUUGCAUUGUAGUGUCUGAGGGUCUAUGAUUUUGCUGACAUUUGCAAAUGGUGUAAUGGAUGAACUCUACUCUGCUUUGCUGAAACAUCUGGAAAGUAUUACUACAUAGGCUUCUUGGAAUAGAGGACAUUUGGACAUAUGUGGAAGCCGGGGAUUGGUCUGUCAAAAACCACCCAUCUUAUGUUACAUAGGAUAUAAAUACCAUGUUUUGAACAAAGGACGGGGAGAAACAACAUAUUAACAGAUUGGGCCGUUGUUCUCCAGAUAUCUGCAGAUGUCUGUAAAUUGAUACUGUGAUCUUUGAUACAAUAAACCUUUAUAAUCAAAGUACAGUGUAAGCGGACUUCUUAUCAUCACAGCAUAAUUAGCAACAUAUUUUGAGACACCACAGCAUCUUCUACCACUAAAACCUAGGCAAAUGUUUUGCCUGCAAACUUUGGUUUCGAAUCGCAACGUUCUGAGAUGUCUGCCUACAGGCUACGGAAAGAAUUUGAUUUUUUCAGGCUUAGCCCGCCUACCCAAACUCGUGAUUUGUUGGGAGAGUUGUCUGUCUGAAGAGGACCCCUUUUUUAUGUCCAAGAGAAUCUGACAUCCUCCCCAGACCUUGUGCUGAUGCUCUAGGCCUGGGAUUUCCGAGACUACUAGCUAUCACUAGCUAACAGGGAAGAACUAGAACCUACAACACAUAUAUGGCUCCUAGCCUCCCAGUCAUAGGAGCAAUUCCAUGGUAACGGAAUUAUGCUGAGACUCUGAUUUUUUACUUUCAAAUGUAUGCCCCCAAAAAACAUAACUUUAACUUUGGUUACAAGGCUUCCUCGCCUGUCAUUUUACUGUUGCAUCGUACAUACACAAUCUAUGGGCUUUGGUGGGGAAGUGGGAACAAGGUCUUUCACACAUUUUAGUAGUUAUCUAAUUACUGUACAAGGAAGGGCUGCAUUGUAAAUUGUUUCCUUUAUGACAUCCAUUAGCAGAUUGUAUUUUGCACACAUCUACAUAUCUUUGUACAGUACAUCAUAAAAUAUAAAUGCAGAAUGCAACUUCAGAUCCGGUCUUCCGGAUCUAAACUUUAGAUCUAAACUCCCUGUCUUUACUCUAGUUAUCUCCUAGUUCACAAAAAUGUAAUGUGUCAGUGUUUUUCUGUCAAAUGAGGUCAAGGAGUUUGUGGUUUAUGAGGUUGGCUUGAGUUAUUGCCCUCAAGGUAAAGUCUCAUAACAAACAUUUAUUUCACAUUAUUGUUUAAUGACACCGACGCUUCCGCAACUGACUACCAUGACAGUAAAUGUCAGAUCAAUUCUGUGGUAUAAAUAAAAUAUUUUAGAUUCUAGAUUGAGACUUUCUAUCAUUUUAGGGGCAUUGUGGGAAAAAAAGAAAAUACUUUUCCCCUUAAUGGCCACUUUAUGACUUGUUUAUGACGGAAAUGAUAAGACGUGAAAGAAGUGACAAUAUAGAUGAAAGGUUUUGCGGAUGAGGAUAGAGAAGCGAAGAGUUUCUAAUGCUGGCUCUGAAAUGACUUCAACUCGUGCUGUCACACAACAGCAUGCAUCCUUUGAACUGUAGGUCCUAUUUCUAUAGAUGGAGUCUUCCCGUUAUAGCCCACUGAGCACAGAUGUCAAUUGAACAUCUGUUCCACGUUGGUUUAAAGUAAUUUCAUUGAAAUUACAUGGAAACAACAUUGAUUCAACCAUUGUGUGCCCAGUGGGAUGUCACCUUCACUGACAUAUCAGUUGUAUGUCAUUCAUGGUGACAUAUUACCUAUAUGAGAAACCUAUAGCUACUGUAGGUGACUUGCUGCUAACUCGUCUCUCUCUCAAACCAUUGUCUUGAGGCGAGGUGCACAGGCAUGACCGCCAACCCCUCAUAUCCUCACAGCAGUCAGUCAUCAACGGCCCAGCAGAGAUUCUCACUGGCUCUCGAUCACCACUCCUCAUGAAAUUUCACAGUGAGUGGACUGGAGACUGAAAAUGAUAGGCAAACAAAUGUAUAAUUCUGUAACUACAUAAAACCAACAUUCAGCUCUAUGAGCAAUACCAAGUAAAUAUGUCAUGUCAGACGGUCCACAAUUUGAUACAUACAGUAUUUCUUGACUUGAUUUAUGAAUGAUUUUGGCUCCUGUUAAAGUUUUUAGUCUGAUGCCCAUCUGUAAUACCUGUUAUCUCUUUUGUAAUAUCAGGCGUUCUGAUGUUAAUUGCAUGGAUGUUGGCUGGAAGCACAGGUACUUUCAUAGCCAGCUACUUCAAGCCUGAUUGGCCAGAGAAAACACUGUUCGGUCAGAAAAUUUGGUUCCAGGUAUGUAAAAGAAACUGAUAAACUAACAUCUGUGGUAAAAGUUGUCCUUACAUUGAUAUGUCACUGCUUAAAGGUGAUAAGCAUCAACGUGUCCUGUGUUUGUCCAGGUGCAUCGAGGGUUGAUGAUGUUAACAGUGCUGCUUACCUGUGUGGCCUUCACUCUUCCCUUCAUCUACAGAGGAGGUUGGAGUAAGGUAAGCUACUAAGCAUUAGCACACAUAAAGUCCCUCUUAUUCUGCCUCACGCUUGCGAUGUUAUGCACUGCUUUAACCUUGUUUAGCCAGCAGAGGGCAUUGCAUCUUGUUGUUGGAUGAGGAGGAUUUUCCUUAAUUUUUCUAUUUUGAUUUUGAGUGCCUGAUUAUAAUGUAACUGUCAUGGAACGAUUCAACCAAAUCUAUCUUAGAAAUGUUUAUGCAGCAGGGCUUUGUUUAUGCUACUGACUGGAUACUGUAAUGCAGGUUAGAUUAAACAGAGGCUUCAGCUGAAAAGUUGUUCAAAUCAAAUUUUAUUUGUCACAUGCUUUGUAAACAACCGGUGUAGACUAACAGUGAAAUGCUAAAUACUUACGGGUCCUUUUCCAACAAUGCAGAGUUAAAGAUAAAAAGAAAAGAAAACAGAAAUAGUGGCACGAGGAAUAAAUACACAGUGAAUAACGAAGAACAACAACGAGUACAAAUAACAUGGUUAUAUACAGGGAGUACCAGUACUGAGUCAAUGUGCAGAGGUACAAGAUAACUGAUGUAGCUAGGUAGGGGUAAAGUGACUAGGCAACAGGAUAAAUAAUAAACAGUAACAGCAGCAGUGAAAGUGUGUGUGUGUGUGUGUGUGUGUGUGUGUGUGUGUGUGUGUGUGUGUGUGUGUGUGUGUGUGUGUGUGUGUGUGUGUGUGUGUGUGAGUGGUGCGUCAGUGCAUGUGUGCGCGUGUUAUCUGUGUGUGGGCAUAUGAAGUGUGUGUGUGUGUGUGUGUGUGUGUUGGGUGUCAGUGUAAGUAUGUGUGAGUGUGUGGGUAGAGUCCAGUGUGUGUGCAUAGAGUCAGUGCAAGAGAGUUAGUGAAAAAAGUGUCAAUGCAGGUAGUCCGGGUAAAAAAGUUGUUUGAUUGCAUCGAGGGCUUUAGUGUUUAAUACAGAGGGUUUGUAUGUCUUUCUCCAGAGUUCUGGGGCCCAUCCCUACCUGGGAUGUACUGUACUAGCCCUGGCUCUCCUUCAGCCUAUCAUGGCCACUCUCAGACCUCCCCCUGACUCCUCCAGGUAAAACCCUAUCCACAGCCCAAUUGACCACCAACCAUCUCACAUGGCCAUACUCAAGUACUACAUAAUGGAAGAUUCCAAUGCUGGAAAUGCUUUGCUAAACUGCUCGUAAACAUUAUUACAUAGACCUCAUACUAAAUGGUUUAUAAUACACACAUUUGCUGAUAUUGAAAUAAAAUAUGCACUUGAGCAAAUUAUUUAUAAAAUGUUGAUCAUGGAAUAGGUUAAAAACAAACGAAGUGCUACCAUUUUGCAUACAAGUAAUGGAAGGGUUUUAUAUUGAAUCUGAUGCUGUUGUUUUCUCUAUCCAUUCCAUGGCUGUGAUAUACUAAAUGUUAUUCUAUUAUUAGGCUGUAUUCUUACCAUUGAUUAGCUGUUCUCUCUAUGCAGGAGGUGGGUGUUUAAUUGGCUGCAUUGGGGAGCUGGGACUGUUGCUGAGAUUAUGGCUGGUUAGUCAACCAUCUGGAAAUUCUUCUGUUCUUUUAGUACAUAUUUGAUAGUCAAGCUAAAUAACUUAAAACGCAUACAAAGUCCUAAUUUUGUCUUAUUGAAUGUUACUGUUACUGAGUAGCUAGCUGAUGUGGACCACUUCCCAUCAUUGAGUAAAUCCUGUUUAGGGCCAGGAGUUUUUCCUGACCAUGUGAAUUUACCAGGAAAGGCUCUGGGUCGUAUCUAUAACUUGUGGUGCGUUCCCGUGCUGUCGGAGUUAUCAGAAAUACAAAGUUUUACUUGAACAACCCUCCAAGUCAUCAUAUCAAGAUUUGUUUUUACCCGAGUUGCCGAGUUGUAACAUUUAACCACUGAUCUUUCACCUUUUCAACCAAAAGAUGUGGAUAAUGUAGAUAGUUUGACCAUAUUGUCAAGCUAGCUUACUGUAUUAUUAGCAACGUUAGCUAUCUUAUCUAGCUAGCUUGAAUGUUAUUGGUUGAAGAAUUGUUCUGACUUCAAAAGCACUUGAACGGAAUCAUAUCGGACUUACAACUUCCAUUUUGGGAGGGUUCCCACUUCCGACGAGUACGUGAAUGCAGCAUUGGGCCCAGAGUUUUUCCUGGUCAGGUCACAUGGUCAGGGAAAACUCUUAUCCCUUCUCAUGUGAUACUCACUUCCUGUUGUAAUGCAGUGGCGGCCAUGUUUUUGGGGAUGGGCCAGCAGUCUGUGCUCCUGCCUCACCCCUGGUACCUGCUGGUUCUGGCUGGGUUCCUGGCAUGGGUCGUCCUCUUGAGGGUGAUCCUUGGGCUCCAUAAAAAAGGCUACAUUAAAACACGUAAGGAAUCGGCAUGUUGUUGAUCUCCAUUAGUUGUGACGUCAGUGAGAAUUUGUGAGAAGUUUUCUUUUAUAGCUGACAAGUUGAAUCUUUCAUCAAACUAUGAGGUGCAAAUACAUUAGUUCCAUUCUUGCUAUAUGUCAGUUUAGUGAAUUCUUGAAAUUACCAGUUAUCAUUCAUAUGAUUAGUAUAUCUCUGAUGUUAAGACAAUGCACAUCUUCACAUUUAUUUCAACCUACAUAACAGGUCGUAUAUGUGUUAAUAGCCUAUAUGCUAUUUUAGAAGCUAUAUUCCUUCAAGGUAAAUAUCUUUUUAGCACCAAUUUCCUGUUUUGUGAUUCUGUGACCUUGUUUCCACAGCGAGUGACACUGAUGACCAGCAGAGGAUUCUUGCUGACCACUCAGAGGGCAGCGCUUGGGUAAGGCCAUAAGCACAGAUUUAAGGGUUAUCUCUGUGAAGCUUUGAAGUGAUUUGAAGUGUAAGGGCCAGUAAGAGUUCAGAUUUAAAGCCAGAGAUAGUUAAGAUGGAACUCUCUUCCUGGACAUUAUGUUUAAAUGAGUUAAUGUAUGUGAUUUACUAGCAACUGCUGGUGCAAGGUAAUCUUGGCACCCAGAACCAAAUCAGCUGCUGGUUUUUAGCUACUCAUUUAAUAUUAAGAUUGGUUCAGAAUGACCAUUUUUAUUUGUCUGAUAUCAUAAUAUUGUGCACUUUUGACAGUUUAAUAUAAUGGCAUCCUUUUUCUUCACAGGAUGCAUGGUUCAAAAUCGUUGCCCUUCUUGCCUUUAUUAUUGGGAAUAGCGGGUUCCUGAUCAGCUUCAUUUACACCAUCAGUGGAUUGUGAUGAAUCUGUGAGAAUGGCCAUUCCAUGGUACAUGACAACUCACUGGCUGUUAGAAUGAUGGAGGAUCCUGAUUCUUAUUCAAAUUCAGGACACAGCCAGAUCAAGGCACUGAACCAGAACUAAAGCUAUAAAUGGAGUGACAGGAAAUGGUAGGGAAUAUGUAAAAAAAAAACAAAAAAA